CGCCGGCGGCAACCGCUCUACCACGCGAAAGGGGCUGUGGGAAAGCGGUGAGGCCGCGCGCGUGCGCAGUGCAGACCGGCCGCUAGCUGCCGAAGUCUCGCGAUAGCGCCGGCUUAAUCGUUGGAACCUGCCGCGGCUCUGACUUUCCAUCAUGGCGCUCAAGUUGGUGACGGCCGCAGGCGCCGCUGCAAAGGCGGUGUUCAAGCCGAUUUCCCUCAGCCGUCCUCGGGAGGUUCUAAGCACGCAUGAGGCCACCUGGAGGAGCAUCUCCUCACAACAAGCAAUUCCUCCGUCGGCGAAAUAUGGUGGGCGCCACACAGUGACCAUGAUCCCGGGGGACGGAAUCGGGCCUGAGCUCAUGUUGCACGUCAAAUCUGUGUUCAGGCAUGCGUGUGUGCCGGUGGACUUUGAGGAAGUGCAUGUGAGCUCCAACGCCGACGAGGAGGACAUCCGCAACGCCAUCAUGGCCAUCCGUCGGAACCGCGUGGCCUUGAAAGGCAACAUUGAAACCAACCAUAACCUGCCACCCUCCCACAAAUCCCGAAACAACAUACUUCGCACCAGCCUGGACCUCUAUGCCAAUGUCAUCCACUGUAAGAGCCUGCCGGGAGUGGUGACUCGGCACAAGGACAUAGACAUCCUCAUCGUGCGGGAGAACACGGAGGGCGAGUACAGCAGCCUGGAGCAUGAGAGCGUGGCAGGAGUGGUGGAGAGCCUGAAGAUCAUCACCAAGGCCAAGUCUCUCCGUAUUGCUGAAUAUGCCUUCAAGCUGGCCCAGGACAGUGGGCGCAAGAAAGUGACAGCUGUACACAAGGCCAACAUCAUGAAACUGGGUGAUGGGCUUUUCCUGCAGUGCUGCCGCGAGGUGGCGGCUGGCUACCCUCAGAUCACUUUCGAGAGCAUGAUAGUGGACAACACCACGAUGCAGCUGGUGUCCCGGCCCCAGCAGUUCGACGUCAUGGUGAUGCCCAAUCUCUACGGCAACAUCGUCAACAACGUGUGUGCAGGGCUGGUUGGGGGGCCAGGCCUUGUGGCUGGGGCCAAUUACGGCCAUGUGUACGCAGUGUUCGAGACGGCUACCAGGAACACGGGCAAGAGUAUCGCUAAUAAGAACAUUGCCAACCCCACAGCUACGCUGCUGGCCAGCUGCAUGAUGCUGGACCACCUGAAGCUCCACUCCUACGCUGCCUCCAUCCGCAAGGCUGUCUUAGCAUCCAUGGACAAUGAAAACAUGCACACCCCAGACAUUGGGGGCCAGGGCACCACGUCGGAAGCCAUUCAGGACAUCAUCCGCAACAUCCGCAUCACCAACGGCCGGGCUGUGGAGGCCUAGACGGCAGCGGCG